UCGCGAGCAGCAUCCGCUCGGCGCGGACGAGUGACGUGCACCACAAACAAUCAAUCUCGACUCGAGUUUCCGAAACAGUGCUUGUGAUUCACGUCGGAGGAGCAGGGAAAAAACGAGCAUGAUUGCCUUACCACACUGCUUUUCGCAUCUUGCCGCUUUCUGACGCUCAUGGGCACCGUGCCCUUCGAGGGCCCAGACCCCAUGUUCCUUAAACUGAUCGUCCUACCGGCUGGACCGAGUUUCUUCGCGCCUGGAGUCUCAGCUCGCACCGCAAAAAAAUACGCUGAGCCUGGAGGCGGUUCUCCGCCUUUGGCGAGCAACAAGGGCGGCGGCAAGUCGCAGCGCGGAGGGAAGCUCGCGCGGCGCGCCCGCUCCUUCAAGGAGGACUUCCUGGACAAGCUGUCCAACAUCCGGUCGAAUCCGCGCUCGCAGUCGCCGCACUCGCCCAAGAUGUCCAGCAAGGCGGCGACGAACGGCGGCGAGCUGGACGCCGAGCCCGCCAACCCGCACCGCGAGCUGGACCAACUCGUCAAGCAGGUGCACCUGGCAUUGAAACACCUCCGAGACGUGGUCAGCAAAAACAAGCUUGAGAUGCUGCCCGGCAAUGGAACCAUCGUCCUCGAGAUUGUAACCAAUAUUGUGGCCAACCUGCGCAAUUAUUUCAUCGGCGAGCAGAGUUCGUCGCUGGUGUCGGCGACGUCGCAUCUGCACCAGUGCCUGGCGCGGCUGAUCCGGCUGUGCGACGACGUGGUGCUGUACGGCAGCCAGGCGCUCGGCAGGGAGAACAUCAACCAGCUGGUGCAGUCGGUGCAGGACGCAGUGCAGUCCCUGGUGAGUCUCGCCCGCGAGAAGCUGGCGGCGCACAAGACCAACUCGAUCGUGCACACCAAGUACAAGAACGGCGUGCACCUCGAGGCGAACGGCAGGGCCUCGUUGCCCGACAUCCCGCUGACGCCGCGCGAGAGACAGAUCCUGGCGCAGACGCCGCAGGGCGGCAAGAUGCUCGGACACUCCAUGUCUUCAGAGUCCAUCCUUGAGGGACACGAAGGACCCCCGCCCAAACCCCCGCUGCCUAAUAGAAACCCGGGAGAUUCGCCAUCUCACUUGCCGACCGGCCGGUCUCGUUCGACGGCGCCGCCGCUGCCACCAAAGAGGCGCAAUCGUUCGGCUCACACGGCCAACAAUGCGUCCACCCACUCGCUCAGCCCCCCGUGCACCCCUGCGCCGCCCCCUGCGGGCUCCCUAGAGCUGGCCUCUAGCGCUGAGAGGCUCAGCAUCUCUCCUGCCCACUCUGCUGGCGGAAACGGAGAGGACUCAUGUUCCCUGUUGAGCGCCUCAAAUGCGGGCAGCAUGGACUCGGUCAACAACCAGCUGCACAUCUCGGACGACUACGAUGACGACUCGUUUUACGUCCGAUCCAACGGCAAUAUUUCCCCCAACUACUGGGGCAGUUCCUCCUCGCGCAGGGCGAGCAUUGACAGCCCCAGCAGUUUCUUCAACUCACACGAUCUACGCGAACCACCCCCAACCACCCUUGCCACACCCUCAAACGGCCACAUUAGCAGGAUUUUGCUUAAUUACAAUGAAGACGUUCCUGACUUCAAAAAUAGUAUUGCUUCAUCGAGCUCCAGUUACGUGUCGCAACAAAGCUGCAGUUCUACAAGCGUGUCCUUCAGCAGCGAGACGACCAGUUUCGCCAGUCACUCAAUGUCCUCGUCGAAGCGGACGGUGGUCACGUCUGAGCUCAGUUCCAGCACCUCGGACUACUCGUCGCAGCAGUCCAACUUCUCUGUUCUGAGCAACGGCACGGGCUCGCCGCCCGCGCUGCCGCAGAAGACGAAAAUCCGGACGCCGCGGCUGCCGUCGCAGUACGACAAUGUCGGCAGCACGCUGACCAACCUCAACCAGAUGCUGCUGAGCAACCCCAACAGGGGUAGCUGCCUCAACAACGACUGCAUCAGUCCGUCGGACCGAAUUCCGCCUCCUCUGCCGCCCAAAAUGAGACACAAUGGAAAUGGUUCAGUUUCAGUUCGCCGGAAUGUGCACUCGUACAUUUCCGUGCUGCUCCCCAAUAUUGAUCCAAACGAUCCAGAAAACAGUGAAGAGAAUGUUUUCAAGGCGUACAUGGAGAUGUUCGGCAAGUACUCGUCGCCGAGCACGGCUUGGUCCGAGAGCGUGACGCUGCGCCACUCGAUGCACACGUACUCGGCGCUGCAGGCCGAGUGGGCGCGCAGCCAGGCCGAGACGAUGACCAUGUCGUCGACGCACUCGUGCAUGUUCUCCAGCUCCAGCUCGUACUCGUUCACGCACUGGGCGCCGCUCGAGCGUUCCGACAACAAACCCAACCUGGCGGCCGCCUCGCCCGUCGACUCGCCGCCGCCCGCCCUGCCGCCCAAGAUGCGAAGCGGCGGCGGCGGCGUCAACAACAACGGCCACCGGCUCUCCAUCUCGCCGCCGCCCGCCACCACUUGCCUCGCCCUGCCCACCCUCGCCGUGCCCGCGGCCCCCGCCUCCCCGCUCACCCCGCUCACCCCUGUCACCCCCACGCCAACCGUGCAGCCCCCGCCGCCGCCGAUCGUGCAGGCCUCCACUGCCAUGCACGAGCCGCCCAUUUACGACUUUGGCAGAGAGCUCCCACCGCCGCCCCCGAGGCCAACGUCCAUCGCGCCCCUGCCGAAAACCACAGUUCAGGUUGCAUCUCCUGACCUGACGCCCCAGGCCGACCCGAGCCGGAGCAGCACCUUCCCGAACGACGGAAUGACCACCGAGGUGGAGGAGGAGGAGGGUCCGUUGGACGAGACCGACGUCACGGCGUGGCUCGUGUUCAAAAAACCGGAGGAGGAAGGCCCUGAAAUCAGGGGAGGCCACCUCGACGCCCUUAUUGUGCACGCCACCAAGGCAAACAAAAAUGAUGAGGACGAAACAGACUUUUUGUACCAAGAGGCAUUUCUCACCACAUAUCGAACGUUCAUGUCACCGCUAGAGCUCAUCACCAAAUUGCAGCGACGCUAUCGCAAGUUUGCUCAACCAGUCAAUGAUAAUGCUAGGCAACGGGCAGCUAGAAAUUCGUUUUCGUUACUUGUCAGGGUUGUUAGUGAUCUCACGAUUAACGAUUUAGAGACUGAUCUGCUGAAGAUACUGAAUGACUUGAUAUUCACUUUGGUGGAGUGUGGAGACUUAAAUUUAGCUAGGGCCCUACGGGGCAAGGUUCUGGAAAAGUGUGAUGCGAAACGGUUCUGCAAUACUACCCCUAAUGCAUAUCUUACGUCACUUAGCAUGCAAUCAAGGAUGUGCUCGCUGCUGGAUUUCAAAUCGGAGCAGCUCGCCGAGCAGAUGACUCUGCUCGACGCCGAACUCUUCAUGAAAAUCGAGAUUCCUGAAGUUCUGCUAUGGGCGCAGGAGCAAAAUGAGGAGAGGAGUCCGAAUCUCACGGAGUUCACGGAGCACUUCAAUAAAAUGUCUUAUUGGGCGAGAUCGCGGAUAUUGGAGCAGAAGGAUGCGAAGGAUCGCGAACGAUACGUGGUGAAGUUCAUCAAAGUAAUGCGGCACCUGCGCAAGGUCAACAACUUCAACUCGUACCUGGCGCUGCUGUCUGCGCUGGACUCGGCUCCAAUCCGCCGGCUUGAGUGGCACCGCCAGAUCACGGAAGGCCUCAAGGAGUACUGCGCCCUCAUCGAUUCCUCGUCAUCCUUCAGGGCCUACAGACAAGCCUUGGCCGAGACACAACCUCCUUGUAUACCAUAUAUUGGCCUAGUUCUUCAAGAUUUGACUUUUGUGAACAUCGGCAACAGCAACGCCCUCCCGGACGGAGCAAUUAAUUUUUCCAAGCGGUGGCAGCAGUUCAACAUAGUUGAGAACAUGAAGCGGUUCAAGAAGUGCCAGUACCACUUCAAGAAGCAGGAGCGCAUUCUGGCGCUGUUCAACAACUUUGACGACUUCUUGUGUGAAGAGUCCAUGUGGCAGAUCUCUGAAACCAUCAAACCGCGCGGCCAGAACUCGGCCAAAAAGUAGAAUUCGUCGCUGUAGAUGUUUAAAAAAAAUCGUGUGAACACAACGAACGCGGAAUAGAUAGGCCUACCACUUAAACUGAUAUUUUGGUUGCCGUUACAACGACUUCUAAGCAAUUAACGAGGCUUUCUACACAGCAUUGAGAAUUAUUUUCUCUUCCAAGUGUGAUUUUCGAUAGGAAUUGUGUGAUUUCCCAGAGAGCAUUUUAUUCGAGUUAAAUUUACGUUGAAGCAGGCAAUUUUACUGUCCACACGAGAUGAAAAGAGCGCACCCGCUUUAAAUCAAAAUAAUUAAAACUAAACACUAUCCUAACUCUCGUAGAUUUUAGAACAGAAGAAACGCGCGCGCGUAUUAACUCACUAAAACAGUCAUCGAAGUAGUCGGUAGAAGAGUGUUAUUACGCAUAAAAAUACCCCAAAAGCAGCAGCAGAGUUGAAAACUUACCUCUCUUCGCUCUGUCUCUCUUUCUUAGUGAUUAACCAAAGUAAAAGUACUAAAAUAGGGAAUCUAAAUUAGCAAGUAGAAGCAUCGACUGCCGCGAGGAAACGGAGAGCGUGUCUUGAAACCCCAGCAAUUUUUACUUUUUAAAAAAAAGAUUCAGUUGUCUGCCACGGACGCAGAUUCCUAUCGAUUGGCUCUAAAAAUGCUUCCUUUCGCGAGGCUACACUUGAAUAUAUUUAUAAUUACGUACGAUGAUGUGACUUUUGAAUCAGUAUUUUAAUCGACACGGAAAUUGAUUAUUUAUUUUGAACGCCGUAGACCAAAUACUUUGGGAAGGAAUGUUAGGAUUGAAUUCAGUGUUGUGCUCUGUGAGUUACAAAUUUGAACGAAUUGUGAUUCCCAUUAUUUCUAAUUUUAGCACGCGCGGAAAAACUGUUUGCGAAAUCAGUGUCGUAGCCAAUUUUUGUGUGGAGGAAGCGCCGGCCGGCGUGGGAAAUGCAGCUUUUGCCUCCCUCGCGCGGCGGCGCAAUUACACGUGUAAAGAGCUAUAAAAAGGUACUAAAAUCACUAUCUUGCUAAACAUGCAGUAAAUACUCGUCGGUGUUUAAAAUUAAAUGUUAAUUUAAAUAAAUGGCUGUGUGAUCUUAAA